AUGGAGAGGACGAAGAAAGGCCGCUGGCGGCAAAAGCGGAAGUCGCGGAGGAUGUGGAAGUCGCGGGGGAUGUGGAAGAUGUGGGGGAUGUGGAGGGUGGAUGCGGAGCGCAGGGCAGAGCAAGCAGUUCCUGUCCAGCAACAGCGAGACCACCGAGCGCAGAUCGCCAAAGGACCGAGCGCAGAUCGCCCCGUGUACAUCAAUCCGGGCAUUCCGGGCGGCGAGAUUGGGACAUCACCAACCCCCUCAUUGGAGCGCCCGGCGCUGCAUGCAUCAGAGUUGCGAUCUGGGCCACCACAGACGGCAUCUGAUAGAACUACUCACAGACGGCAUAUCCGCGAACACUAUCGAGACGUGAUCAUGCAUCCGGCUGGUCACGCCAGACUCUCAACCGACCGGCUCUGCGAUGCGCUUUCAGUCCCAAGCACACGCACCAAUGCAUUCCGAGGCCUCUGGACCGUAUCGCUGAGCGGCAUCAAGUCUGUGUCUGAAGAAGCUCUAUCGGCUCUGGGGUUACUCGGAUUCUUGGGCUUCCUGGACCUCUCCUUCACGAAUGUGUCGUGGAAGAUGCUGCAGCUGUCCUCCAUCAAGAGCACCGAAAUCAUGGACCUGGAUUUGUUUGGAUGCGCUGCUCUGGGGACCGAGAAAUGCGCCGAGAAUCGAGGCUUUGCUAUCUACAUCUUGCCCAAAGUUUGGAAGCUGGACGGCAUCCUGAUAACGUGCAGGGACCGCAAGAAAUGGGUCGACCACUUUGACAACGACCCGGCCGGAUGCUUCAGCGUGCUCAAGCGGAAGCAGCUCCUAGCCACCGAGCAUCUCUCAUCUCGGACCAACUCAGAAGCGGACGCUGCCAAGACGAAGACAAGCCAAUGUUCGAUGUGGGGACAGGAGUUGUUGAAGCGCAUGCCCCAGGGCUUUUUUCUCCCGUCGCAUCAGAGCCUCUGGCGGAUCACAACGUCGAUGCGAGAGCUGGAUCGUGUCGUCAAGAUCUCACUCAAAUCGAGCCUGCGAAAAUGCUCCAUCCCCAUCGAUUUUACUACAAUCAUCGCCGAAUCCAUUCCCAGCACCGAGGCUCACACGAGGCUGAGUCCGUCGAACGGGCUGUCGGCUCGGGCUAUUCUGGUUCUGCUGCUGCUGGGCUCGUUCUGGCCACUCGACUUUCCCGUCGCAUUGCUGUCGGGUGUCUUGCGAUACCUCUUUAGCCCCCGUUCCAAGUCCAGCGCCGCGGAGCCGGUACCCCAGCCACAACACUGGACAGACGAUGAAAUAUCCUGCCUGACCUGGACAGUGCAGAAUAAACUCUCGCUGCUCAGCCUCCUGCUCGGGAUGAUAAAGCUUGACACGCAAUCAGCUUUUGCGCUUGGCUCGGUGGCUGUUUCUCUAUCCUCUGCAACGCCGUGCUGCAUGAGCUCUACUCACCAGAUGUUACUGCAACAUGCCACGCACUCAGAGUCCAACUAUCAUCUCGAUCCAUCGAUGUACAUCAUCCCGCCUGUGCUGCUUUCGGCCCUGGGACGGCUACAGCAGACGAUCCUGUAUGCAUGCUAUCAGCUGACGCUUGCGUCUCCUGACUACUGCUGCAUGGAAAUCGAGCCCCGGAUCGUCUACACAGAUGCUUUUCAGCAGCUUUUGCAGCCAGUCGAUCGGGAGUGGAUCAGUCGCGUUCACCUGGAGAUUCUCCAUCUCCUGUGCAUCCAAAACAACGACUCUGCUUUUCUCAAAGAGUUUCCUCGUAUCUAUCGUACCUUCGAGAAGGCGGUCGCCGGAAUCCUCCCGAACGUUCAGUCCCAAAGCGCCGGUCGCGGCCUGUCCCUCGAAGGGAUCGCCAUAUCGGAUGCAGAGAUGCUCUCGCUUUCGAUGCAAACAACCACCUCGGAUAUGUCGAUCACCGCCAGGGCCUUUGAGCUACGAUACAGGCUGUCGCUGGGCAUCUCCAAAGUAAUCGAGUUCAUGAAUGGCUUCAAGGACACAAAGUUCAAAGAGGAGCUGGAAGAUAUGCACAUUGUUGGCGAGGGCCUCAAAGAUCGCCAGGAACAGCCCGACAGCAGCGCUGGUCAUACUCGGAUCGGCGAUAUGCCGUCUGUAUCCGAUGGUUCGGCUCCAAACAUUCCCAGAGUCCAGCGGCCGGCUGAUGCUGGAGGCAUCGGCCCUACCUUAAAAAUCCAACUGCAGAAGCGACCGCCACACUUUACCGCCCCAACUGAAGCAUGGAGCCGUCGCGAGAAACUCAACAAAAGCCGGGUGCUAUACAAGUAGGCAACCCAACGUCCAGUAAAGGCAGACUGUCGCUCGGGAGUCUCGAACAACGCCAGGCGAAGGACUGAGGAUAGCAGCGGUGGUGAGUCGAUGGAGGACUAUCAGUGAUGGAGAGC